AUGGCUGCUUCCGACGUAGCCAGCGCUAUCAGAGACCAUGGCGAUGCCGGGCAAGAGGCCACGCCGAGCUCGCUCGAGUCGACUCCCGAGCCUUCCACCAACGACAUAGUACAAGACCAGGCUCAGCCGCAAAAGCGCAAGGGAGGCCGCAAACCCAUAUAUGCCACCUCCGAGGAGCGCAAGCAAAGGAACAGGCAAGCCCAGGCUGCGUUCCGAGAGAGGCGCACCGAGUACAUCAAGCAACUCGAAACCACCAUCAAGCACCAUGAAGAGACGCUGCAGACCUUGCAGCAGAGUCACCGUAGUGCCGCUGACGAAUGUCUCAUGCUCCGCUACAAGAAUUCGCUUCUUGAGAGAAUCUUGUUGGAGAAGGGCAUUGAUGUGCAGGCCGAGUUGCAGAUGAAGACCGGCAGCCCUGCUCUCGGACACUCGUAUAUCCCCCACCAUGCACCGCCGCCAAUGUCUGCUGCUCCUCUGCAACGCACAGCAUUGAACCGACAGCAUGCAAGACGUUCCGGUCAGGUCUAUCCUCCUCGGAUCGGACCUGGCGCGGCAGCGCAAUCAGAUCUUUCCUUCUCUGCCCGUUCUCCUCAGGGUCAUCCCACCCCGUCGUCUCAUGCUUCCUCACCCACAGCCCUGUCCACUCAGUCGCCUGCCGCUCUGCAACCCGGAGCAAUGACUCCACCAGCGUCGGUAAUCACUGGAGGUCAACAGCAACAGUAUGGUGUGGGCCAACCACCUCGUUCGCGAUAUGUCAUGCAGCACCCUCCUCAACAUCGCGGCCCUACCUUCCCCGGCCCCAAUGGAGUUAAUCUCGUGAGUACAGAUCAGGAGUACGACGCGCAACCAACAUCAUCGUCGAUGCUCGAAACCGAAUCCGAAGCGAACGAACAUACACCCGCCCAAGGCCCUGAGCCAACGCAAUUCCCCCCGUCGCAUCCCUACCAAGGACCACACGCCGCGCAACACGCCGAACACCACGGGCCUGCUAAGAGCAAUACCCAAGAACACGACCGAGGUCACUCAGGAGAGGGACAGAUUCCUGGAAUGAACCAAAUCUUCGAUCCCUACGAUCCUAUGCUCGAUGCGGAUCCGUUCGGCUUGUCAGCAAGCAUGCAUUUCUCGACCGACUAUGGCUUCCAACACCCGCCACAGAGGUAG